AAACCCCCUCUUCAUUUAACGCAGAUACUUGUGAUAUCAAGAACGGGUUCAGUUCAGCGCCACCGGUGAAAAAACAGCGAACAAUCCCUGCCUUCGACAUGGCCAGAUUUCUGUUGCUUUUAGGCGUGAUUACUUCAGUCUUUUGUCAGGAUGCAAUGGCCGUUCAAUUUUCCAAGCAACAAGAAAGUCAACUGAGGAAUCUAUUGAAAGAAGAAGCAGGUUCUUUUAGGAAGGGAAUGCAAAUGAUGUGUCCCAAAAGUCCAGGUCAAUGGCAAAGACUGAAUGUGACUAACGCCUGCUUCAGUGCAAAGGACAAAAAACAUGGAAGCUUCAUUAUUCCGCUGGAGGGAUUUGUCGUCGCUCUCAAAGUUGUCCAUACCAGUGGCAGAGUCACGUGCGAGAAAGACAGGUGUCAUGCAAAUCACGGACAAGGUUCAUUUUAUAGCAAAUGGGGUUGCUCAGCAAGUCAUCCCUAUAUCGGCAGUACCCCCUUGGGGACCUUCAUUACUUUGCCGUCCAAACAAGUCAUAUUCCCACGUGAAAAGUUCAUCCGCGACAAGGCUUUGUCUGCCUGGUACGCACUCCCGGGAUUCGAUCCAGAAUCCCCUUUCAUCGUUUUCCACGACUUCUCCAAUCCAGAAUAUUUCCCCCGUGGCCAAGUGCUUCAACUGUGGUACGGCGAAGUGCUCAAAGACGUCAGUGUAAAGGACAAUCACGGAGAAACAUGCGCAGAAGUUUAUGCCUGGUAUCUCUAAAGGACUGGAGUCGAACUUUAAUGAACUUUAUUGCAAUGACUUUUAAAACUUUGCAGGGACUGAUUUGAAGUGUCCCGACCUUGCGACACUGACCCAAAACUUUCUAAAUUCAUCAUUUCCACUCUUCUUCAUCAGAAACCGUCUUUGUUGUUUUCAGUUUUAACCUUCCCAAAUCAAUUUAAUUUGGCAUUUUUUCUCUCUUGCCAGUGUAAUAUUUUGUGGUUCUUUAUGUGAUGGAGACAAUUUUUCAGGACGAAUGAAGUGAUUAACAUUUUCAACUUCUGUGGCAACUUGAAUCGUGUAAAGUCGUAAAUUAAUUCGAGAAAUUUUCGAUCGAUAUUUUCCUAACAGAGAAAGGAUCAAUGAAGGUCGGCGCCGCAUUGUUGUAAAGUUCGUGCAGUUGCGCAUGUAUUCUCACUUCCCAAGCUGCUUUGCCAAAAAGAACGGUCCCGCAAUAUUAAGCAAAAAAUCAAAGUCACAAUUUUCGCAUGUCUCUCUAACUUUUUAAUUUUUAAGUCAUUUAAUUGCAGCAAUUUGAGAAAAUCGGCUUACCCAAUGAUCACAUUAGACACGAAAAAAGUUGCCGCGAAAGUUGUAAAUCCUCUGGCACUAAAGUAUGAUUAACCUCGCGGAGUUAUAUUGCAGUUUCUGAUUAGAAGAUUGAAGCUAUAAGAUUAUAGGAUUGGUGCAAGCAAGAGGGAUUAACUGUUUCAUGAGUACCGUUUGAAAACAAAAAAAAAAAAGCCGCAUUAUUCAAGAUGUUUUUGUUUUAGCUUUGAUAAGGAGUAAUCUUCGUGAGAACAAAGAAGAGUUUUCGGUUACCGCGAAUUACGGGGAAGCUUUUCUAAAAGGGCCGUCAAUGACUGCUUCAUAGAGAACUGUCGGCAUACGUUCAGAGGUCUGGUUAAGAUCAGUUUUAUUCCCCGAGACCAAUCGAUACAAUGCUUCAAAUUUAAAUUGAUACUUAACUUAAUUACCACAAAUAGAUGGAUUACGUACGGUGUUAAAAUUCAGUACAGCUUGGAGUUAAGCAGAAGCUUGUAUACUUCUAAAUAGAUCAAAUGGGUCAAAUUGGAGGCGGUGAAAUUAAGCUGAGGGAGCUUAAUCGAGAAAAAUUGCAACAUGAAUAAAGGGGUAAGUUUCUAAAGAAACUA